UUAAAUAACAUAGGUCCUACAGCAUACAAAUACAACCCCACAACAAACACACCCCAACCAAAACGAAGUACUACUUCAUACAUACCCACAAACUAAUAUACAAGUAAACCAGACAAGUACAAAAGCCCGCUAAAUCAAGCACUCCCAUCCUUCCCCUCCUCCCGCGCCGGCCGACCCAGAUGCUUCUGGGUCUUAUUCAAAUACGUCCUCUCAUAAAGCACAUAAGACGUAUACAUCAAAAUCGGCAACGCCACGAUCGUCGAAAGCCAUCGUCGAGCAGCCACUUUGUAUUCCUUCGUUUGCCGAAUAUCCCGUACAGCUUGUGGACCGCGCCGGGGCGGAUACGGCGGUCGUUGAAGGGAUUGCGGGUCGAUGACUACGCGGGGCUGUUGGUUGGACAUUCUGGGUGUAUUUUUCUUCUGUUUUUCCCUGCCUCUCUUUUUUUUUUAUGAAGUUAUGAGUGGGCUCCGGAUGGUAUGUGUUGACCGUGCUUGUUUGGAGAGAUGUGUGGAUGGCGGAAAAGUCA